AUGGAUCAGGAAAACGAGAGAAACGUGAGAAGGCUGUGGAGAACGUUCCGGACCAUCAAGGAGAUGGUCAAGGACAGAGGGUACUUUAUCACGCAGGAGGAGGUGGAGUUGUCCCUAGAGGAUUUCAAAGUGAAGUACUGUGACUCCAUGGGCAGACCACAGCGUAAAAUGAUGUCGUUCCAGGCCAACCCGAUGGAGGAGGCCAUCGCAAAGUUUCCUGAUAUGGGGUCUCUGUGGGUCGAGUUUUGCGACGAACCUUCCGUCGGUGUCAAAACGAUGAAAAACUUCGUCAUCCACAUCCAGGAGAAGAACUACCAAAUCGGGAUCUUUGUCUAUCAGAACAACGUCACGCCAAGCGCCAUGAAGCUGGUGCCCUCCAUACCCCCAGCCACCAUAGAAACCUUCCAUGAGACAUCGCUCGUCGUCAACAUCACGCACCAUGAGCUGGUCCCCAAGCAUAUCAAACUGUCCACGGACGAAAAGAAGGAAUUGUUGAAAAGAUACAGGCUGAAGGAGUCCCAAUUGCCAAGAAUCCAAAGGGCAGACCCGGUCGCGCUGUACCUUGGGCUCAAGAGAGGUGAGGUCGUCAAGAUCAUCAGAAAGAGUGAAACGUCCGGCCGUUACGCAAGUUAUAGAAUCUGUAUGUGA